AUGGGAUACGGCGAGAAACUGGCCUUUCGAAACGAUCUGGGUGGCAACCACUUCACGCUAGCCCAGCCUCGAGGAGGCAAGGGUCUAGACCCCAGCUUUGUGCCCCGGCAGAAGCCUGGGUUCAUCACAAACACCGCCAAACGGGCCAUUGCAUACAUUUUCGUUUUUUCGCUCAUUGCCACCGUCAUGUUGAUGCAAAUGCGAGACAACUCUGAUCCAAACGAGCCCGAGCUGGCUCUGGUCAAAAAGAAGCCUGCUCCGUUGAGAAAGGACCCUCGAGAGCAGGAGGUUGUGCUGGGGAAGCCCAAGCCCAAGCCCACUGUUGCUGCUAAGAAGGAGGAUGCCAAAAUCAAGGUGAAUGCUCGAAAGGGAGCUCCUGCCGCUGACCCUGCCCAAGUGCCUGAGAAGGCUGAGAAGCCUGCCGCCAACUCCAAGGACACAAAGCCUCUCAAGUCUGAGGCUGGUGGCAAGGCUGUUAAGGCCGACGAGGCUGACGAGGUAAACAAGGCCAAAACCCAAAAGAAGUUGCAGGAUCUGGAGGAGGAGCUGGAGGAGCAGGAAGAGGAGGAGGAAGAUGACCUUGAAGAGCUUGAGGACUACAUGGAUGCAGACGAUGCCGCUGGGGCCGCUGAGGCUCGAGCUGGGGCUGCCACUGGGGCUGAAGACUCUAACGCCAGCCCCACCGACCUGGCUGAGAAGCUGGGCAAGAAGCGGCCGGCUUCCGAUGCCCAGGCCAAGGCUAUGGAGGCCAAAAAGGUUGAGGACGCCAAAGCCGCCAAGUUCAAGGAUGAGCGUGCCAAGCAGGAUAAGGUCAAGGCCCAGCAAAAGCAGGUACGAGAUGAAGAUAGCGAAUACGAGGAGGGAGAAGAGGGAGACGAGGGUGAGGGUGACGAGGAAGAAGAAGAGGAGGAAGAAAUUGAGAUUGGAGAUGCCAAGAUUGCCAAGGCCUUGUUGUAA